AUGGCGUAUCGAACGUGCGUCACAAUUAUAUGUUUGUUAAAUUUGGUUUUAGAGGUCGUCGAUGUGGUUACACAGCCCAAUCCAACCUCUCGAGUAUGUAUUAUCGGUGCUGGCUACUCCGGGUUAAGUACGGCUCGCUACAUGAAAGAAUAUGGCCUCAAUUACACGGUUUUUGAAGCCUCGCGUUACAUCGGUGGCACCUGGCGAUUCGACCCUCAUGUGGGCACGGAUGAAAAUGGAUUGCCCUUAUUCACCAGUCAAUACAAGGGCUUAAGAACAAACACCCCGCGUCACACCAUGGAAAUGUUCGCUUUUCCUUUUCCAGAUGAUACACCGUCAUAUCCGACGGGAGAAUGUUUUUAUAAAUAUUUGCAGUCUUUCGUCAAACAUUUUCAUUUAAUGAAGGAUAUUCAGUUGGAAAGCUUUGUAACCAAGGUGCAGUGGUCAGGAGAUGGAUGGAACGUUACCUUUAUGAAGAGCGAUACGAAAGAGAACGUGACAGAGUUUUGCUCUUUCGUAGUCGUUGCCAGCGGAGAGUAUAGCAAGCCCUUCAUACCUGAGGUCGAAAAAAUGAAUGACUUCAAAGGUAAAAUAUUACACAGUCACGAUUAUAAGGAUCCUGAAGAUUAUCGUGGUCAACGGGUUAUGCUGGUGGGCGCAGGGGCAUCAGGGCUCGACCUGGCCGUACAACUCUCCAAUACAACCUCCAAACUAGUACACAGUCAUCAUCUUACCUAUAAUCAGCCAAAAUUCCCAGGCACCUAUGUAAAGAAACCGGACUUGCAAUACUUCACUCCGAACGGAGCAGUGUUUGAAGACAAUAGUUUCGAAGAAUUCGAUGUAGUAAUAUUUUGUACAGGUUAUCACUACAGUCAUCCUUAUCUGGAUCAGCUGACCUCAGGUAUAACAGCGACUACGGCCUAUGUCUUGCCGCUGUACCAACAUAUUGUGAAUAUUAAGCGACCAUCCAUGGCGUUUGUGGGGCUUCCCAAAAAAGUCGUCAAUAAAGUAUUGGAAAUUCAGGCGCAGUAUGUUGCUGCGCUGGCGGCGGACAAGUUUAAAUUGCCGCCUCAAGCAGAAAUGUUACGUAUAUGGUUAGAUCACGUGCAGACACUUAAAAAGAGGAAUUACAUCACUGAUGUCAAUGUUGUCCAGGAUAUGGGCAAGUACUUUGAGGAUCUACACAAAGAAGCGUUCAUUCCUUUUGUACCUCCCGUUAUAACCACAAUCAGAGAUUUCAAUCAACAGAAUCGGUUGGACGAUCUUCUUAAUUACCGUGAUUACGACUACAAUAUUAUCAGCGAUACUGAAUUUGAAAGAAAAUACAAUCCCAGAGAACCAGUGUGUAAUGUAGUUAUAUAA